AUGAACAGAACUAAAAAUCAUUUUUUGAGUGCAUCAUCACAUUCUGGAUUUUUGAAAUUGAGACUACGUAAUAUCCGCCGAAAGCUAGAAGCGGGUAAGCGUCGAUACAAAAAGCGCAAGGUAAGCUGUGACACUGGAUCUGGAACAGAUCAGGACCUGGACCAGGGGGAUAGCAGUGCGGCCAGUGAGUGGAUCACUUUGAUGAAAAGGCUUAGGCCCUCUUCAGAGAAUAUUCCUUCAAUCAAAUCUGCAAUGGAUCAGACGUAUUUGAGGCGUAGGUCAUGGAUAAUGAAGGGAACUCCAACAAUAGCUGAAAUCUUUGAUGAAUACCCACGCUUCUUGGAUAUGCCAAGUCUGCUGGAUGUCGAGUUUGGCAGAAUGACGAAUGGAAAGACGGAUCAGUUCCUCAGGCGAUGGGAGGCCAGCAUCAUUCCAAAGCUGAAAGCAGUGGCUGCCAUGGAAAGAAGUGAUGUGGCAUCUCUUAUAAAGGGAAUGGAAGACCAAACAGAUGAUGAGAAGUGCUACACGGCACUAGUUGUUCUCACACAUCUUCUCCCACCAUUACCUGGGAGUCGCUGCAGUGUUAAAUGUGCAAUUUCAUUCCAACUUGAUUUUUUACCGGCUGGAACCAGCAUUGCAUCCCUCUGCAGCAACUCAGAGACACCAAAGACUCAACCACAACUCAUCUGCAUCGGCAGUCUGAAGAGUACUACACGACAAUACAUAAUCAUCGCGAGAAACGACAGAGUGACCAUACCUGCAAGUGAGAGCCUGACAUGUGCUGUGGAUAAGCUCUUCAAGCUGUACUGGGUGUGCAAUGUGGCCUAUCCACCACAGCUGAGCUCCGUGUUUACUUUCUUUGAAUAUAUCUACGAUGUGACCAUUUCGACCAACAGGAAAGCCAAGGUACUAGAACUUAUUUCAAAACUUCAAGCCGCACAGUAAUUCCUGAAAAUGUACAUGUGUCCAAAGUGCCAGUAUCAACAAAAAUAAAUAAACUAAUUUGGCAUCUACGUGAAGUACAUGCAUUAUCAGAUGGACAGGACCUGACAAUUAUCUGCAGCCAAGAUGGCUGCCCAAGGACAUACCAUAACUUCAACUCAUUUACCAAACAUCUUCAUAGAGACCACCAGUCCACCACAACAAUGGACGAUGUGUCGUUUUAAGCCAGUGACCACAUUUCAUUGGAUAUGUCUGAGACAGGGAAAUCAAAUAUUAUGGAAACUCCAGAAUCAGACUCAGUUCCAUUUAAAACUGCCGUUCCUCCUGACUGUGUUGGCACGUUUUUGGCUAAAAUGUAUUCUUCAUCUAAUACAACUUUAAUGGAUAUAACAAGAAGUGUUACUUGUACACAAGAGGUACUAGAAAGGACUAUAGAAAAUCUACAACAUUCAACAACUACAUUGCUGAAUAAUUUACAGGUACCACUUGACAAUGAGUCUGUUCAGGCACUGAUGAGCGAGUUUGAAAAUGCUAAACAUGUGUUUAAAGAUGUAGACACGCCUUUCAAAAUGAAAAAAUACUUUUCAGAGAACUUUGAUCUUGUGAAGCCAAAAUAAAUAUUUCUUGGUCAUAGGGCAGACACUGCAAGAAAACAAGGACAAGUUAAACAAGUGUUGGCUGCAGACACGUUUCAGUAUAUAUCAGUAAUUGAGACUAUUAAAUUUUUAUUUACUAAUGACCAAAUGCAAAAUGUUUACCUUCAGAAUAAGCAGAAAACCGAUGGGAAAAUGCAAAACUAUUGUGAUGGCUCUCAUUUUUCUUCUCAUUCCUUGUUUGGAGCAUGUCCUCAAGCCCUCCAAAUACAGUUGUAUUUUGAUGAUGUAGAAACUACAAACCCUUUGGGGACCAAAACAAAAAUUCACAAGAUGGGUGCUGUUUAUUUUAGCUUAAAAAAUCUACCACCAGAAUAUAACUCAUCUCUUUCAAAUAUUCACUUAUGUCUUCUGUUCAAUUCUUUGGACAGAGAGGUAUAUGGCUUUACUAAGAUUUUGGAGCCACUGAUACAGGACAUCAAAUUCCUUGAAAGUACGGGUCUACAGGUUGAGAUUCAAGGACAAAAUCAUCACCUAUAUGGAUCAAUCUGUGUUUUGACUGCAGACAAUUUAGCAAUACAUUCCUUAUGUGGAUAUUUAGAGAGCUUUUCAGCUAACAAGUUUUGUCACUUUUGCAUGGUUGACAAAACAGUUGCUCAGACUGUUUUUGAUGAAGACAAAGUUGAGAAGCGCACCAGAGAAAAUUAUCAGCAGCAUGUCAGACUUAAUGAUCCAAGCUUGACCGGGAUUAAAGAGAACUCCUCUUUAAAUAAGCUCCAGUAUUUUCACGUUACAGAGAACACAUGCGUUGACAUUAUGCAUGACAUCCUUGAGGGUGUAGCUCCCUUGGAGGUUAGACUAAUAUUACGCCAUUUCAUUUACGAAGAACAGCUUUUUAGCUUUGAAAAGUUGAAUCACAGAAUUU